AUGUCCCAAAGAGUGUACAUGUCUAAACGAAGACGAAGAGACUUGGAUUCAUCCAGUUCCAGCAACAGUUCUGACUGUACAAAUGACAAAUACUUAUGGGAAUUCUCUGGAGAUAAUUAUGAAUUCCUGAUGAAUGAUGACUUUAUGGAGCACUGCAAGCAUGAUUCGUCUACUAUGGAUAAUUCAGCACCGGUUGAUAAUUCACUUCAGUCAUGCAUUAGUCUGUUGAAGGAUUUGAGUCAUUUGCUGCAUAAUAUACGCCAACGAUCACAAUCCGGAGAGCCUGAGAAUUUUCGGAAAUAUUCAGAAACAAUUCUCACAAAUGAAAUUCAACAUUAUGAAAGGAGAAAAAAUAAAGUUGUUAACUCCAUAUUAUCUGCUGUACGUGAUAAAUGUCAAACCCUUCCAUCGUUGUCAUCAUCAUCGUCAUCGCCAUCAAAUGCACUGGAUUUUACAGCUACUACAAAUCUAAUUUCUAAUCAGGAAAUAGAUCAAAAUUCUAGUCAACUAUUACGUGCACUCGGUGAAUUCCAACUGGAAUGGGAAGCUAUUGUUCAUCAAAUUACACCAGUCAAUCCACUAACGAACAAAACGAAAUUUGUUAAAGAUAUUGAACAGGAUCUUCAAAAGAUUGAUGCAUGGUUGGAUAUGUUAGCUUCAAAUUUACCUAACACUUCUGCUUGGAUGACAUGUCUUAUGUCAUUGUCUGAAGUUCAGAAAUUCUCUGCAGCUAAAUACUAUCAGAUUUGUUUAAAACAAAUUGAACAGUAUUCAAAAACUUUAUCAACUAUCAAAGAGUUAGUCGAUCGUGUUGAUGUGCAUACAAUGAAUGCAGAUUUAUCCUUUCAAAAUACCCUACAUCAUUUAUCAAAACAAUUUUGUCAGGCGGAAGCAAAAUGUCACACCUUAUGGUUACGUUUAUUAGAGUUAACAAUUUAUAUUGAUCAAAAUCUUAAAAUUAAUAUCAGCACAAAUAAUACUGAACAACGUGAAGAAAAGUUGAUCGAGAAUUCUUGGAAUAUACAUUUGUUAGCAUUUACUUCUCAAGAGGUUAAGCAUCAAAAUGAACAUGAAAGUGGCUUUGAAUCGGAACAGAGUCCACCAGUGAAAUUAUCUCUUCCUUAUGCAUGCAGUGAAACUGCUAUCAGUUCUAAUAUUAAAACGCAAAAAGAUGGAAAAUCACUGCUACAUAAAAAGAAUAGUCAUUCACUUCCAAACGAUUUCAAUAAAAUUACAAAACAAAUGAUUACAAACUCAUUGAGUAAUAAUAAUAACGAUAACAAUAAUAAUAAUAGUAUUAAUGAUAAUAAUGAGGAGACAAGGAAGCACCCUGAAGGAGAUUUUCUUCACCAAAUUGUCAAAAGUACAUCAACAUCUCCAAAAAAUAUCUACAAUGCCUACAAUUCGGAGCAUACAGUUUGUAAUGAUAAUAACAGUAAUAAUGAAAAUAUUGAUGUCAUAUCAUUACCUGAUCAAGACAAUUUAAAGCUGCUAACAAGAACAUAUGAAAAAAUUUUAUUCGAUAAUACUUCUAACAAUUCUGAUGGUAAAGCAUCUCAAGAUGGUGAAAGUUUUCUUACAGAUCCAAAUAGUUCCACUGAUGCUGUGCUCAUCGGCUUCAGUAAGCGUAAACAUGAUAAUGUCGAUGAAGGAAAGCAAACAUUGCCUGAGGAAGCGAACAAAAUAGAAGACCUAAAAUCAAAUCGUCAAGGAAUAAUUAUUCACAAGUGUUCUUCACUUCCUGUUAUUAUAUCACCAUCAAUAUCAUCUUUAUCAUCCUCGUCGUCGCCAUCAUCAUCAUUAUCAAUGUUAACCGGCGAAGAAUUUGAAAUUCUACCAACUUCAUUAUCAAUUAAAACAAGGUCAUUACGUGUUAAACGUACAACAAGUGUUUCAUCAGUGUCAUUGGUUUAUAAAAGAAAAAAUAAUAAAUCAUUUAAUCGAUACACUUACACCAGUAGUCAUAAUAAAGAUAACAGCCAUAAUAAUGACAAUAACAUUGAAAAUUGUACAAAAAUCACGAAUGAACAAAGGUCAUUUACAAAUAAAUAUAAAGCGCACAAUUUAUAUUGUUUAAAACGAUUAACAAACAGACAGUUAAAAAUCAACUCAUCUAGGGAUUUCUCAUUGAAACAAAAAACCUUAAAAUGGAAGUCGAAAUCAUCAGAAAUUUUAAAACAAAAUUUGAUAAAACAACUUAAAACAUCUUCUCACAGAAAUUGUAAAAGUUCACUAUGCUUGAAUAAAUCAUUACAGUCAAGCAGUAGAAAUGUGUCAAUCAGACAUAGUAAAUGCAUAGAAAGUAAUGCUAAUAAUGAAAUGAUUCAGUCAACUGAUUUCAAUUCAGAUCACGAUACAAUGAGUAAUCAUAGUUAUCACUGUAAGUCACCAUCAUCAUCGUCACCAUCUCAAUCGUCAUCAUUACCUGAUGACGCUAGUGAAUUGGAACAACGUCGAUGGAAAAUGCAAGUUAAGACAUAUUUAAAUGCAGCUGCUCAGGCAGAACAAUUAAUUCGUAGUAAAUAUUCACCAACAACACAGCCAAGAACAACAACAACACCGCCAACAACAACAACAACAAUAACAGAACAAUUUAAAUCAUGGUUAGCUGGUGUGAAUGCUAGUAGUAAUGCAAAACUACGUAAUCGAAAUAAGCAAGACAAACAGAGUAAAAAAUAUAUCAAGGAAAAUACGAACAAUAAUGAGGAAAUUUUAAUAGAUGUAUCCGAUGGAACAAAAUUCCCUAACAUGAAACAGAGUAAACAGCAUAGUCAUAUAAAUAAUGUCUGGGACUCUCAAUUUCAGGCAUCUACAAAUAAUAAUAAUGUUGAUACAGAAGAAGGAGAAGACGGCGACGACGACGAUGACGAGGAAGCAAGCGACAUAAAAGCUAAUAAAGAUGGCGAUGAUUCGAAUGAACCUUUAAAUUUUUGGGAUGAUUAUCAAGCAUCACUCUAUUCAAAUACAAGUGAUGUUCAAGCUUAUGAAUCACCGAGAACCUACGCUGAAGAAUUUCCAUGGGAUGAUGAAGACAGUUCAUUAUUCCUUAUUGAUGAUGAUAACAAUGAUGCGGAUGAUGGUGAUGAUGAUGGGAAAGAAUUAAAGUCUACUUCAACAAAUAGUUGUACAGAAUCAUUUUAUAAAUUGAUUCAAUCUUUAUCAAAUAAUGAUUCACACGAUGGUGAUUAUGGACAAGAUACUAUGGAUAUUAUAUCAACAUCAACGUCAGCUUUAUUUCAUCUCAAAAGUAAUAUCAGUAGUAGUAUAGAAACAAGUUUAGAUAUAGACCAAAAUAAUCAUCGUAAUAAUAAUAAUAAUAGACCAUUCAAUAAUUCUUCUCAACGAUUAGAAAGUUGUUCACCCGAGUACACAAGUAAUUUAUUGACUAGUCCUAAUCCAUCUAUUCAUGGUUUACGUACAUGUCCUGAUGGCGGUUCACAAUAUUUACCAAUGAUAGAAACAAUGGAUAUUGUAUCAGAUACGAAUGCAAAAGGAUUUAACAAUGAUCCUGUGAAUAAUUUCAACCUGUGUCUGUCUUCGCCAUAUUCAAUGUACUAUCGAAAACAACAACAACAAAAAGUAGUAGUACCCAGUGCUUAUGAUAAAAAAUCCCAGACUAUUCCUCGUACUACUUUUGCUUCCACUGCUGCUACUACUAAUAGUAGUCCUCUAACGGCUACGGGUAAAACACGUAAAAGAAAAGCACAAAUGACGUUAUUUCAUUCACCAUCCGAUAGCCAGUGUAUUAAACGUGAAUUUCUAUCCUUUGAUAAUAAUUUAAAUUGUUGCCUACAGAAUGAUCGUAACUUCAGUGAUAUUCAUAAAGGGAUAUUAGAGCAUUCAGAGACACGUUUAUCCAAUGCAGAAAACUACUUACAACAUUUACUUAUUGCAAUGAGAAAGAAUAGUAAAGCGAAUCGACGAGAUCGUUUAAACCGCAGUAAUUCGGGUAAUUGGCGUCAUCGGACUACGCAUUUAUUGCAAACUGCUGAAGCUCAUAUUAAACUUUUAUCAAAUUUACUCGAUGACUUGAAACACUAUUCACCGGAUACAUCUGAAUUCUCAGAAGAUGAUCAUCGGUAUUCAUUUAUUGAAGAUUUGACAAGAAAUACAAGUAAUAAUUCGAAAAGUGAUCAUCUUCAUCACCAUAAUAAUAAUAAUAACAAUAGUGUUGAUAUCCAUUGUCAACAAUCACAGAAUCCAUCAUCUUAUCAAUUAAUGAUUUCUGAAGCAAUGAAAUUAAAAUGCCAAUGGGGAAAAUUUCUAUCUAAAGUUCAUGGCAUACAUCAUCAAUCCAAUCAAUAUGAAAUAUGGGAGAAACAGUUAUGCCUAUUACAAAUACGUAUGCAUGAAUUAAGUCGACUUACACGUGAAAUUGGAUUAUCAAUGUAUAUCAACAAAGAUGGUUGUCAUCAUGACAAUGAUGAUGAUGAUGGCAGUGACAAGACUGUAGAUGAUGCGAACAAUUAUAACACUUCUAAGUUAUUGAAUAAUGCAAAACAAAUGGAUCGAAUCAGUUGUGGUUUUAAACGAUGCUUUUCAGAGUUGGACAGUCUGAGUUAUGCACUGAAUGAGAUACAAAGUGAAUUAACUGAGAAGUGUCGAACAUCAGUGAACAGUAAUAAUAAUAAUAACAAUAAUAAUACCAAUGACAACACUCGUAAUAACUCAAGUAUGCUGUCUAGUUCAAUGAUAAAUUUGGAUUCCCAACUACUCCAUGAAAUUGAGCAUCUUUCAAGCCAAUUGGCUGUCAAUAGAUCAAUUCUACAAAGAUUAAUUCGGUUAUUUGAGUCAAAUUGUUCAAGUCAUUCCACGCGCAAACAUGAUAGACAGCAAGAGAAUGUCAUGGAGGAACAAUUGGAUACUACUACUAUUACUAAUCCUACUGAAAGUAUUCUUCAGUGUUUACAAAAUGAAACCAGUGAACCCAAUACAAAUGAGCAUUUAAACCAAUGUGAACCGGAAAACAAUCCUUCAGUCAUUUCUGUAUCGAAUACAGUAGAAAACAAAAAAUCAUCAAUUUUUUCUACUAUUCUAAAAAUGAUCCAUCACAUUUUUCCAUUUGGUAAACAUCAUUUCCUUAUUGUUCUAACUGGUGGCUUUCUAUUUAUCGUUUAUAUGGGCUUUUAUAUUUUUAGUAGAUCUGUUAUUUGUAAUAAUAAUAAUGAUAAUAAUAGUGCUAGUCGUCCUCUCCCUUCUUCUUCUUCUACUUCCCCUGUUUCUUCGUCUUCUUCAAUCCCCUUAACAUCCUCCACAUCAGCAUCACAUCAUGAUCAUAAUAAUAAUAAUAACUUCAAUGAUUUCACUGCUGCCACUGCUAAUGCCUAUCAUAAAUGUCCAUUAGACAGAGAUAGAUUAUCAAAUAUAUUUGAUUAUACAAAUGGUAUGCCUCCUUAUUAA